AUGGAAUUUGAAGCGCAUAAUAAAGGAAUUAGCUGUUUGGUUAUGCUUUCUGAAGGAACAUUGUUGUCUGGCGGUGAACGAGAUAGGAAAAUUUGUGCUUGGGAUUCACUGCAGAAUUACAAGAAAAUUACUGAAAUUAAGCUUCCCGAAAACUCUGGUGGUGUUCGCACAAUAUACCCCCAACGACCAGGUCGUAAUGAUGGAAACAUUUAUGUUGGAACAACAAGAAACAACAUCCUUGAGGGAUCGUUACAGCGAAGAUUUAAUCAGGUCAUUUUCGGUCAUGGAAGGCAGUUGUGGGGUCUUGCAGCACAUCCGGAAGACGAAUUAUUCGCUACCGCUGGUCACGAUAAAAAUAUUGCUUUAUGGAGACGUCAUAAACUUAUUUGGACGUCAUCGGUUGGCUAUGAAUGUAUUUCACUUGCAUUUCAUCCAUUUGGAAGUGCUCUUGCUGCAGGCAGCAGUGAAGGUCAUUUGAUUGUCAUUAAUGCUGAAACUGGAUCAACUAUGCUAACAUUGCGUGUUUGUGGAUCACCACUGAACUGUCUCGAGUACAAUCAAAUUGGUGAUAUGGUUGCUAUAGGAUCGCAAAAUGGUUCCAUUUAUUUAUUCCGAGUUUCACGCGAUGGAUUCUCAUAUAAGAGAGUUAAUAAAAUUCGCGGAUCUCAACCGUUAACGCACCUCGAUUGGAGUAUCGAUUCAUGUCAUUUGCAGACAGCUACAAUUGAUUUUGACUUGUUAUUCUGGGAUGUUAAAGCUUUAUCGCCCGAGAGAAGUCCCGUUGCAAUGAAAGAUAUUAAAUGGGUAACGCACAAUUGUGUCGUUGGCUUUAUGGUUGGCGGUAUGUGGAGCAAUCGUUAUUAUUCAGCACAAAAUACUCUCAUUACGACAGCAACACGUUCAACACAACAUGAUAUGAUUGCGAGUGGAGAUGCUGAUGGUUAUUUAAGAUUAUUCCGUUAUCCAUGCAUCACGCCUCGUGCUGAAUUUGCCGAAGCUAAAGUUUAUUCAGGAACAAUUGCAUGUGGACGAUUUUUGUAUGGAAAUAGAAGUUUGGUAACUGUCGGUGGCACUGAUGCUUCCUUGAUGAUUUGGGAACUUGCCGAUGAAUAG